ACAUAAACGAUUGAUAAAGAGUGAUAUAUGAAUCGUCGAGCACCACGUCACUCAAUCCAACCACACAAACAAACAAUAACACAAUUUGCCAAAUGCCCUACAUAUUCCCUCACUCGAUAAGGUUUAAACACUUUAAACCCCACUUUUCUCCCAAAUUUCUCAUCAACAAAUUCUAGAACUCAACAAAUAAUUCGGAUUACCCACUUGGAAAUGUUCUUCAAGAACACUUCAAUCAAUUUCGAUUCAAUUCAUUGACCCAUUCCACUUAAAUCCAGAGAAAACUUACACGAAAACCCAGAAAUUAUAAAUUUAAAUUAACCCAGAAAAAAUAAAUACAAUGUUGAAAACCAUAACAUCUUCAUCUCCUUCACUACCACUUCUCUUCAAAUUCAACAAAUCUUCAUCAUCUUCAUCUUCUUCUUCAUCUACCUUUUCUGGGUGUCUUUCUCUUCCUUUCUCGAAACAUCCAAUUUCAAACCCACUUUCACCAUCACCUCGUUCACUCUCUCUCCUCAAUUCCUUCAAAAACCCCAUGAAUAAUCUCCUUGGAAAACUGGGUUUUGCUUCUAGAACCUCUGAAACUAUGGAUUCUUCGUCAAUUGCGCAAGGCCCAGAUGAUGAUUUGCCUGCUCCUGGUCAGCAAUUUGCUCAGUUUGGGGCAGGUUGUUUUUGGGGGGUAGAAUUGGCAUUUCAAAGGGUACCUGGUGUGACCCGAACUGAAGUGGGUUAUAGUCAAGGGUUUACUGAUAAUCCUACUUAUGAAGAUAUUUGUACUGGGAUGACUAAUCAUUCGGAAGUUGUUAGGGUUCAGUAUGAUCCUAAAUUGUGUGCUUUUGAUAAUCUUCUUGAUGUUUUUUGGGCUAGACAUGAUCCUACUACCCUUAAUCGUCAAGGGAAUGAUGUAGGAACGCAGUACAGAUCAGGAAUAUACUUCUAUACACCUGAGCAAGAGCAAGCUGCAAUUGAAUCAAGGGACCGUCAGCAAAAGAUUCUGAACAGGAACAUCGUGACUGAGAUUUUGCCAGCCAAAAAGUUCUACAGAGCUGAGGAGUACCACCAGCAAUACCUUGCCAAGGGAGGACGAUUUGGAUUUAAGCAAUCCACUGAGAAAGGAUGCAAUGACCCUAUUAGAUGUUAUGGCUAAGUUCAACCUUGGGUACUCAAACCCUACUUGGCUUGGGACCUUUUUCUUGGUUAGAAUAUGCCUAAAAUUAUGUGUAUAGCGAAUCUAGUACUCUUAUUUUGCUGGUGUGAGAUUCCUGUUAGCUCACAGGUCACAGCCUUCUUGUAACUAUUCGCAUGACUUUGAGGGGCUGGUUAUCCUGUGCAUAUUAUAUUAUCUAUUCCAGGAACUUAAUAUCUGUACUGCCUUGUAUUGGAUGCUUCAUCUCUCUAAUAUAACCUCAGGGAAAGAUGUAUUAGCCGUGGUGUUUACGGAUGUAAUGAUGUAUCAUUCCCACAUGUAUAUAAAAGGGUAAGUUUUAGUGCCAAAAUCAGAACCUAUCAAUGGAUAUCUCAUUUCUGUUUCA